AUGUCCUGGGCCGACUUAGCGUGUAGAAACCUGGGUUUCAGGGAGGGUCUUUCCACAGUCGGCUUCGAGUUAACCAACGGAGUCGUCAGUACCACAUGGAUACAUUAUCUUCCAUACCUGUACAGUCCAUCCUACCCCUCCACUGUCCCCAAGUUCAUAGUGUCCCAGUCCCUUCCCCAGUGGGAGGGGGCGACUCUGCAUGACGCCAUAGACCGGGUGGUGCGGGGACCCUGUCCGUUCGGCGACACUCUCUGCAGGUACGAUUACUACACCAUGUGUCUGGCCUGCGCAGGAGAGCGUCAACAUGAUGGUUCGCAUGACAUUGCUGCCCACGUGACCUGCACGUCCGACCACCUGGAGGUCAGCUUCCCGCGCCCACCGGACAACUCCGUGCAGCCGGCGGACGUGCAACUAGCAGCGCCGCCUUGCAGGGCGGAGGGGAACUCCACCCACCUGUUCAUCCGGGCUCCUCUGGGGGAAUGUGGCACUUCGAGAGAGUCCACCCCAGCUGAGAUGAUCUACCGGAACACCCUGAUCGUCGGAGCCGACUCCUCCCACGGCGGCAUCACCUGGCAAUCGGUCACCAAGGUGCCGCUGGAGUGUCGUCUGCCGCGGAACAAGACCCUGUCCCUCGACUUCCGGCCUCACCUCAAGUCCGUCAUCCGGUCCGGCGUCCAGGGCAGGGGCGACUUCCGGAUCUCCAUGGAGCUGUUCCGGACUGACGGCUUCCGGCAGCCGGUUACGGAGUAUCCGGUGUUUGUGGAGUUACAGGAGAUGAUCCACGUGCAGAUCCAGGUGAACUCCAGUGACGCCGACCUGCAGGUGUUCGCUCACACCUGUGUGGCCACGCCUAGCGACGACCCGAACGACAAUAUACGGAGUGACGUCAUCGUCGACGGUUGUGCCAAACUCCCGACGCUGCAGUUCUAUCCGUCACCCGGCCCGGACAGGGGGCGCUUCGGCUUCCAGGCGUUCGCCUACACCAGCGGCGUUAACAUGGUGUACCUACACUGUAACGUGCUGCUCUGUAAGGCCUCGGACCCGAACUCCCGCUGCGCGCUGGGCUGCCAGCCGCCCUCGGGCAGGAGGCGGAGGGAGGCCGAGGGCGAACCCGAGGUGUACCGGCUGAUCCAGGGCCCCAUCGUGGUUCGCAAGGACCAGAAUGGUGAGCAUGGCGGCGCGGCAGGUGAGACCGGUGGGAGCCAGGUCACAGCUGCCGGGGCCGUGGUUGGAGCGUGUGCCGUGCUGGCCAUCGCCAUGUCUGUGGGUCUCCUGUACAAGGCGCGGCGGCACGGCAGUCAGGCAGGCUACAGCGUGUUGCAGAACAGCUACUAG